AUGGGUUACAUUCCACCUCCCACAUCAAAGCCCCCAACAUCAACUCCCCCAACUCCUUCAUCCAAAGCAUCACCUCCUCCGACACUAUCAACGACUUACACUCCACCUUCCACAUCAAAGCCACCAACCCCUUCAUCCCAAUCAACACCUCCUUCAACGCCAUCAACAAGCUAUACUCCACCUCCCACAUUCAAGCCACCAUCAUCAACUCCACCAAAUCCUUCAUCCCAAACAUCACCUCCUCCGACCCCAUCCAAGAGUUUUACUCCACCACCCACUUCAACUUCACCAAGCCCUUCAUCUAAAGUAUUGUCUCCACCAAAAGAAGAAAAAACUUAUAUUCCACCUCCGAUUUCCAAGCCACCAUCUUCAACUCCACCAAGGCCUUCAUCCAAAGUAUUGCCUCCACCGGAAGAAGAAAAAACUUAUACUCCACCUCCCAUUUUCAAGCCACUAACUUCAACUCCACCAAGCCCUUCAUCCAAAAUAUCACCUCCACCGGAAGAAGAAAAAACUUAUACUCCACCUCCCAUUUCCAAGCCACCAACUUCAACUCCACCAAACCCUUCAUCCAAAAUAUCGCCUCCACCAGAAGAAGAAAAAACUUAUACUCCACCACCAACAUCUAAGCCCCCAUCAUCAACUCCACCAUCCAAAGUCUCACCUCCUCCAACCCCAUCUAAGAGUUAUACUCCGCCACCCACUUCAACUCCACCAAGCCCUUCAUCCAAAGUAUCACCUCCACCAAAAGAACCACCAACAUCAACUCCGCCAACUCCUUCCACUCACGCAUCACCUCCUCUAACACCAUCAACGGGUUAUAAUCCACCUCCAACAUCAACUCCGUCAACCCCAUCAUCCCAACCAUCACCUCAUCUGACACCAUCAAAGAGUUAUACUCCACCUCCCACAUCAAAACCACCGACAUCAAUUCCACCAACUCCUUCAUCCCAAGCAUCACCUCCUCCGACACCAUCAAAGACUAAUAUUCCUCCUCCCACUUCUAGUCCACCAAUUCACACACCAAAGCGAUCUCCUGUCCCGACUCCGUCUUUGACACCAGUUUCAGCUCCUCCUAAACCUGGCAAAGCAUCUCCAGGCCCAGCUCCGACACGAACACCAGUUUCAAUUCCUCCUAAACCUGGGAAAGUAACUCCAAGCCCAGCUCCGACUCAAACGCCAGUUUCAACUCCUCCUAAACUUGGCAAAUCAUCUCCAAGCCCAGCACCGACUCAAACACUAGUUUCAGCUCCCCCUAAACUUGGCAAAGCAUUUUCAGGCCCAGCUCCAACUCAAACACCCAUUUCAUCACCCCCUAAACCUAUCAAUGCAUCUUCUGGCCCAUCUUCGAUUCGAACACCAGUUUCAGCUCCCCCCAAACCUGGCAAAGCAUCUCCAGGCCCAGCUCCGACUCGAACACCAGUUUCGGCUCCUUCUAAACCUAACAAAGCAUCUCCAGGCCCAGCUCCGACUCGAACACCAGUAUCGACUCCUCCUAAACCUGGCAAAGUAUCUCCAGGCCUAGCUCUGACUCAAACACCCAUUUCAACUCCCCCUAAACCUAUCAAAGUGUCUCCUGCCCCGUCUCCUACUCGAACACCAAUUCAGCCUCCACAGAAACCUCAUAAGCCAUCUCCAUUCCCAACUCCAACUUUGACACUGGUUUCUUCAACUCCUAAACGAUCUCCAACUCUAAAUCCAACUCCAACUCCAAAACUAAGUUCUCCACCUCAAAAAUCUCCUACACCAUCCCCAGUUCCAACUCCUACUAAAAUACCAAGUUCUCCCCAGAAACCUCCUCAACAGUCUCCUGUCCCAGCCCCAGCUUCGACUCGAACACAAGUUAAUCCUCUUCAGAAACCUCCUAAGCCAUCUCCAGUUUCGGCUCCAACUCAUACACCAGUUUCAACACCUCCUAAGCAAUCUCUAGUCCUGACUCCUUCUCAAACACCUCCAUCUCCAGUCCCUGCUCCAACUCAUACACCUAUCUCAUCUCCUCCUAAACCAUUUCCAAUCCCGACUCCUACUGGACCACCAAAUUCCCCACCUAAGAAACCUCCUAAGCCAUCUCCAUCCCCAACUCCAAUUUUGACACCAACUCCUGCGCCCUCUAAACCCACUACGCCAUCUCUAGUCCCAGCUCCAACUUCUACGCCAGUUUCAAGUCCUCCUAAACCAUCUCUUGUCCCACCACCGGUUCAAUCGCAUCCACCACCACCACCACCAACUUCUACACCAGUUUCAUCUCCUCCUAAACCAUCUCCUGUCCCACCAACGGUUCAAUCACAUCCACCGACGCCAACACCCGUACGAUCUGUAAUUCCUCCUCCUACUCAAACUGUUAUUUUACCACCACCUGGACCAGAUGACUUCAUUAUCCCACCAAUUUUGGGUGCUGUAUACUCUUCCCCACCUCCGCCAAUGUUCCAAGGCUACUAG